AUGAAGAUCCUGUUCGGCCUCACCUUUCUUCUUUGCAUUUCAGUCGGUAAGUCAAUUUAGUCCCGUUUGUAUUUGUUUCUUCUUGUAAGGUGAGAAUAAGGCUUUAGGAACUUCGCUCUACAGCUUCUCGUCGUUCCCUCUGUUAGCGGCGUGCUUGAUCUUCUUUCCCUGAAUAAAGGUCCAGUGGGGUUCGCCAUCUAGCUAUCACUAUUCGCACAAAUCGGACAAACAUUAUUGUAAUUUUCUCUCAAUUUAUGAUUUGAUUCGGUGCCUUAAAAGUCAUAACUCUCAUAGUCUACUAAACCAGUAUUUUACUAAACUGGAACUCGUUAGCUUUCAGUUUUUUGCAUUUAAGCGCAAAUAAUUUAACGGGUGUGUUAGGAAUGAUUUAGCUCGGGAAUGAUACUGAUCUUACAAAACGACAACGUCCUCUUUAACCUUCCUUCUUCCUGUAAUUUUCUACUUUAAAAGGUUCUCUAUUAGGCCUAACUUUGUGCCCAAUAAACUGUCGACGAACCUUUCUUCGAUUGCAAUCGGGGACAGGCGCCAUCGUCGAUGAGUAUUGCGAGAAGGGAUCGACGAAUUAGAAAACUCCAAUUCUGCAAAAUUCUCUUCUCGAUAACAAGAAACGCAGGACAUAAACGUUCAAAAAAGGAGCGCUCAAAAAAAAUACAGGCAAUGUGCCGUGAUGCAAUUUUGUUAAUAGUAGAAUUAUAGGAAGGUUAUGAAAUAUGCUGGCAAAUAUGAAAAGUGCUAAUCUUAACUGCACACUUGAACUGUGAAAAAGUUUCAACGUUGAAUGAUGAGAACCAAUAUGUUAUUCACUAAUAUUUUAGUACUGAGCCUCCGCGUUUCGGAUAGGCUGUAUUAAGGAUGUUCAAUCAUUAAAAAUCCUCAUCACGCAUAUUAUCUUUAUCACUUUGCACCGCGAACUGCGUCGCCCUGAGCAGUCCUUAAAAAACCUUUUAGUUUUGAACAAAUACUUAACCACGAACACCGUCACCUUGGAGUACCGCUGCAAGGUAGUUAAUACUUUAAAAAAAUUACUCCAUGAAGCAAAAGUAGUUCGAUCGAUCACGCAAAACAUCAAGUUACAUUAAGAUUGACAGACAUUUUUUUGGAUUUCUUUCCUCCCUGUGGUUAAAUUAUGGAUCUUGGCAUAAAAGUACUCUUCCAACUCAUGGGGGAACUGACGUAAACUCGUAUUCAAGCAGAGAGUCGUGAAAAUCUGUUUGGUGGCUAGGUGAAUGUGUGAACGACACGAUAAUUAUAAGUUAAUUUAGUCCAGUUGUAUCUGCUUCUUCCUGUUUAGGUAAAGAUAACGUUUCUUUUAAUUGUAUGCGUUCCUGUAUCCUCUUUCUUUUCAUAAACAGGCAUCUUACUUCCAUUUUUCCGCCAAAGAUUGUAAAAAAGUCAUUGCUUUUUUCCUCUAGCUUAAACAAUUGUUUCGGAAACUUUACGUUGAAUCAUAGCUUAUUGAGCUGGUAUUUCAUUCAUCUGGAAAUAGGUCUGGCUAGCUUUUAGUUUUUUUUUUAGCAUUUAAGCGAGAAUAAUUUAACCGGUGUGUUAAAAGUAACAUAGCACGGUGACGGAACUUAAGAAACGUCAGCAGCCCUCUUGGACUGGCUUCCUGCCUUCUUGUUAUUUUCUACACCAAAACGAUCUAAAUUUCAGUCUUAACUAGAGUGUUCACGAUCGAUUACAGACGCGUUCGUCAUUUAAUAUUUACGAGAAGGGAUCAACACGCCACGAAUUAGAAACUUCACUGUAAGAUUCUUUCGACUGAAAGAAACACAAGCUUAAACUUCAAAAAAUAAAGCGCUCAGAAAUAGGGCAACACGCAUUUAAUGCAGCUGUGUUGAUACCGGACUAACUCGCGGCGGGGUUGCCAAGAAUGUUAUUGGUAAAAUGUAAAAUUCUAUAUUUAAGCUCCACGCCAAAAUCGCACAAAUCUUUUUGAGAUGUGAUCUAAUACGACAUUCAUCUGUUCCGCUUUCUCAUAUUAAAAAGCUCCCGCGUUCCGGCACACCUAAAACAUACGAUCCCAGUCAAGCAUACAUUCAUAUUUAUCUCCGCUCUGACCCGGCACGUAUGGCUACGCCAGCAGUCCUAAAAUGCCUUCGAUCAGCUCCUAAAGAAAUAUUUAACCACAAACCUCAUAGCUUAUUUUCUACACCAAAACGAUCUAAAUUUCAGUCUUAACUAGAGUGUUCACGAUCGAUUACAGACGCGUUCGUCAUUUAAUAUUCACGAGAAGGGAUCAACACGCCACGAAUUAGAAACUCCACUGUAAGAUUCUUUCGAUUGAAAGAAACACAAGCUUAAACUUCAAAAAAUAAAGCGCUCAGAAAUAGGGCAACACGCAUUUAAUGCAGCUGUGUUGAUACCGGACUAACUCGCGGCGGGGUUGCCAAGAAUGUUAUUGGUAAAAUGUAAAAUUCUUUAUUUAAGCUCCACGCCAAAAUCGCACAAAUCUUUUUUAGCCUGCGCGCAGACGAAAUUAAACUCUGGUUAACUCCGUCUGCGAAACAGCGCCGAAAUCCUUGUUCUGGACUUCCAGCUGUGUACCCAGAUUUGAGUACGCACCACGAUUGGCCAGUUAAAAAAGACUUUUGUUUUGUUUGUCGCAAGACUGGUAAUAGCCAAUCAGGUUGAAGCGAAAUUCGAAACGCACUUCCGGUAAUUCGUUGAGUCGGGUGGAGGUCCAGAGCAAGGAUCUCUGCGCUGCUUCGCAGACGGUACUAAUCAGAGUUUAGUUAUCGUCUGCACGCAGGCUAAUCUUUUUGAGAUGUGAUCUAAUACGACAUUCAUCUGUUCCGCUUUCUCAUAUUAAAAAGCUCCCGCGUUCCGGCACAUUCAUAUUUAUCUCCGCUCUGACCCGGCACGUAUGGCUACGCCAGCAGUCCUAAAAUGCCUUCGAUCAGCUCUUAAAGAAAUAUUUAACCACAAACCUCAUAGCUUCCGUUUUCCAGUGUAAGUAUAGUUACCCCUUGAGGCAAAAGUUCUCUACCAAAAUUUACAUUUAAGACAGAGAACAUUUGACUCUGCACCGUUACAUUAAGUAUAUAUAGUAGAUCACUUCAGACCUUACCAUUUAUCAGUUGAUCUCUUAGCUUGUUAUGUCAGCUAUAUUUUAAGUAUCACAGGAAAUCCUUUCCAAAUUUUGUUAGAAAUCAAUAAAAUUCAGUCGGGUAAAUGUUCCUUUAAAAAAAAACCCGUAUGGAAUCAAAUGCAUCUUAAAACGCUUAGGUUUUAUGUAGCUUAGCUUGUUGUUACUUAUUAUUUCAAGUCAAAACCAAAGGCCACAGUGGCUUAAAUUUCUGUACCUUUGAAUAGAGUCUUUGUACCAGGGUAUUUUGUAGUGAAGGCGUUUUGUAUCAGUCAACGCUAAAACGUUCCUCUCAAUCAGUGUCUUUCUCGGCACUUUUAUUUGGUCGUUUUCUUACAAUGGCUCUAAAAUGUUCAACAGUCACUUCCCUCUAAGUACUCGUUCAUUAUCUAAUUAGAUAAAUUUAAAGAGGCAGGUCAUCAACAACUUUUAGAUAUUUUGUUGCUGAAGGAUAACUCAUCCACUAUAAUUUCACGCUUUAAACAAUACUGAAUUACUUAUAUGCUAAUCAUAGUAUGAUUAGUAGUAUUUUUAUUGUUAGUUUCUUCUUCCGUUUUUCUUCCUUCCAUCUGUACAUAUUUCUAAAUAUUCGUUUCCUUUGAUUCUUACCCACCUCGAUUAGUUUCAUUAUUGCUGGUCAGCAAUUCGUAUAGUAUCAUCUACGGAAAGAAAUAAAUGUUUCCCUGUUGUUGUUGUGGCUGUUAUUAUGUUUUUUAGAGAUUAUCAUAUGCGGCUUGAGCCGCGCAUGCGAAAGUAGGGAUACACUUGUACAUUGAACAUCCGGGCAGAAAAAAGACGACCGGAACUGGGCACUCAAAGGCCCAUCCUUGAUGAAAUAUGGUUCGCGUAGAUAUAUUCCGCGUUCUUAUAACGCCACCGCACAUGUUCCGGGAUAGCCAGCACUUCAGACAACCGAUCCCAGUCACGCAUAUACAUUUCUUAUCGCCAGCCAGCUCUUCAAACACUCUCUAGUCUUUAAUCAUGGAUAUUUUAACAUAAACUACGUAACCACUGUUUCUCAUUGUGAACAAUUUACUCACAAAACAAAAUCAUGUGAUGAUUGAUCGAUGACGCAAAACAUUUCUUAAUUGAAUAAUGCGAAAAAGACUUCUAUGUGCAGCCGUAAGUGACGUGGCACAUUGCAUAUUAUGAUCGAGGACAAUUCUAGCAACCAACUGCACAUGCAUACUUACGAACUUCAAUUCAAAAAAAUUUGGAUUUUUCAGCUCAAUAAAGUGAAUAGUGGGCUGCGACUCUGACGCUUGCAAAUUAUUAUGAUUGGCACGUGUUAAUCAAAUAUAGUGGCAGCUAGAUAAAAUCCUAAGCUUUUAUUGGUUAGUAUAGACUUAAAAUCGAUAGAUUGACAAAUAGUUAAGUAGGGUUGAGGGCGAUAUCUUCUGUAGUUUAGUAAAACGCGCAUUCAGAGACGCACUUUCUUUAAUAUUCAUCGUCCACCUGAGGUAUCCUUUCAGCAGUAGUGGAAAGUUGUACUGCGGCUUACAAAAUGAAGAUCCUGUUCGGUCUCGCCUUUCUCCUUUACAUUUCAGUCAGUAAGUUAAGUUAGUCCCGUUUGUAUUUGUUUCUUCUUGUAAGGUGAGAAUAAGGCUUUAAGAACUUCGCUCUACAGCUUCUCGUCGUUCCCUCUGUUAGCGGCGUGCUUGAUCUUCUUUCUCUGAAUAAAGGAGUGGGGCUCGCCAUCUUGCUGUCACUAUUCGCACAAAUCGGACAAACAUCUUUGCUAUUUUCUCUCAAUUUAUGAUUUGUUUCGGUGCUUUAAACGUCAUAACGCUCAUAGUCUAUUAAGCCAGUAUUUUACUAAACUGGAACUAGGUCUCGUUAGCUUUCAGUUGUUUGCAUUGAAGUGCAAAUAAUUUAACUGGUGUGUUAGGAAUGAUUUAGCAAGGUUAUUAUACCAACAUCUUCUCAAACUGUCUUUAGCGUCUCUCCUCGUGGAAAUUUCUAGACGGAAAAAUACUCUAUAUUGUAGAGGUAACUUUGUGUAUAGCGUUGACGAACUAUUAAACUUUUAAUUCCAAUCGUGGACAAGCUUCCACCCUGAAUAUUGCGAAACUGAAAAAAUUGAUGGAUUAGAGUACUCAAAUUCUGUAAGAUUCUUUGCUUGAUUUUAAAAACGUACUUCCUAAACUUGCAAAUAAAACACCAUUCCAGAAAUACCGGCAACGCUCGACAAUGAAGCUGUGUUGAUAGCGUACUUAGAGCGAUUUCGAAAGGGCCUGAAACAUGCUAGUAAAAAGUCUGAAAUGUAAAAUUUUGUAUUCAAACUCCUCUCCUAAAUUGCACACAUCUUUUUUUAGUAUAAUACUGUGAACUAAUAUGAUAUUCAGGAAUAUUCCCUGAUCAUACAUCUAUUCCGCGUUCUUAUAAAGCCUUUGCGUUCCGGAUAGGCAGCACCCAACACAUCUGAUCCUAAUCUAUUACUGCGCAGCGCGUAUUACGUCGAACAAGCAGCCCUUGAAAAAUGUUCUAGUUUUAAACAAAUAGGUAACCAGAAACCCCGUAGCCACUGUUUUCAGUCUAAGGAAGUUACUCCUUCAAAACAAUUUACCCAUGAAGCAAAAUGUUGUUCGAUCGAUGACGCAAAACAUCUGACAUUAUAAUUGACAUUUGUUGCGUGUCUUGCCCGCUAAGGUUAAAUACAAAUUCUGGAUUAAAAGUAUUCUUUGACCUUUAAGAGGAAAAGUAAAAGUAUUCAAGCAGAGAGUCACGUACAAAUUUGUUCGGUGGCAAGGUGAUGAUGAAUCGGUGAACGAUACGAAAGGACUUCCAUGUUUCAUUUCCAUUGCAUAUGUUGGAUGAUGGUCUGCUAACCAACUGCGCAUGUUUACUGUCUUAAAUUCGAAAAAAGUUUGGGUUUUUCAGCUAUACAUGUAGACUAGUGGGUUGUCUCGCUGACGCUCGGAAGAAAUUAUGAUUGGCAAAUGUUAAGCAAACAUAAGUGGCAGUUUGAAAAACCCUGAGUUUCUAUUGGUUUGUAUGGACUUAGAAUCGAUAGAUUGACAAGUACUUAGGUAGGGUCGAGAGCAAUAUCUUCUGUAGUUUAGUAAAACUUGUAUUCAGAGACGCACAUUCUAUAAUAUUCAUCGUCCAAUUGAGGUGUCCUUUUAGCAGUAGUGGAAAGUUGUACUGCCGCUUAUAACAUGAAGAUCCUGUUCGGUCUCGCCUUUCUUCUUUGCAUUUCAGUCGGUAAGUUAAUUUAUUUCAGUUGUAUCUGUUUCUUCCUGGCUAGACAAGGAUAACGUUUUUCUGUGUGCGUUCUUUAUCUUCUUUCUCUGAAUAAAUGGGUGUGGUGAGCCAUCUUGCUUACAGUUUCCGAACCAAUUGAACAAACAUCAUCGUUUUUUUCCCCUCGCCUAAUGAUUUGGCUCAAAACUUAAUAUUAAAUCAUACCCUAGUGUGCUGCUAUUUUAUUAGUCUGGAAAUAGGUCUGGUUAUACUUUCAGUUUUCUACAUUUAGGCACGAAAAAUAUAGCCGAUAUGUUAGGAAUGAUUUAGCACGGGAAUCAUACUGAUCGUACAAAACUGCAACAUCCUCUUUAACGUUCAUUCCUCCUGUAAUUUUCUACACCAAAUGGUAUGUUCUCUAUUAGGCCUAUCUUUGUGCCCAAUUAACUGUCGACGAACCUUUCUUCAAAUGCAAUCGGGGACAGGCGCCAUCGUCGAUGAGUAUUGCGAGAAGGGAUCGACGAAUUAGAAAACUCCAAUGCUGCAAAAUUCUUCUCGAUAACUAGAAACGCUUGACAAACGUCCAAAAAAGGAGCGCUCAAAGAAAAACAAUACAAGCAAUGUACAACAAUGCAGCUUUGUUGACAGCAGAAGUAUGGCAAGAUUAAGAAAUAUGCUGGCAGAUAUAAAAAGUGCUAUAUUAACUGCACGCCUAAUUCGCAGGAAACGUUUCUGCAGUUGGAUGAUGAACCAAUAUGUUAUUCACUAAUAUUUCAAUCCUGGCAUAUACAUCUACUCCCCGUUCUUAUAAAGACCCGCGAUCACGAUAGGCUGUAUCAAAGAUAUUCAGUCAUUAAAAAUCUUAAUCACGUAUAAUGUCUGGGUAGCCAGCAGUCCUUAAAAAACUUUCUAGUUUUGAACAAAUACUUAACAACGAACCCCUUCACCUUAGCAAUGCAAGGUAGUUACUACUUUAAAAAAUUUACUCCAUGGAGAAAAAGUAGUUACAUUAAAAUUUAUAUUUUGUUGGAUUUGGAUCUUGGCAUAAAAGUAUUCUUCGACCUUUGGGAGGAACUGAGGAAAAGAAUUGAAGCAGAGAGUCGUGCAAUUUUGGUGGCUAGGUGAAUGUGUGAACGACACGCAAGGAAUUCCAUGUGCAUUGCUAGGUGACGUAGAACAUCGCGUUUCUCAAAUAAUAAGCUACUUCAGAAGGAUAGUGGGUGGCAUCCUUUGUAGUUCUAAUACGCUCAUUAAGAGACUCACAUUUAUAAUAUUCAGCCCCCACAGCAAAUGAAAUUUUUUCCGCGAAAGAUUGUUAAAAAAAUCAUUGCUUUUUUCCUCUCGCUUAAAGAAUUGGUUUGGAAACUUAACGUUGAAUCAUAGGUUAUUGAACUGGUAUUUAUUAAACUGGAAAUAGGUCUGGUAAGCUUUCAUUUUUUUUGCAUUUAGGCGAGAACAAUUUAACGGGUGUGUUAAAAACAAUUUAGCUUGGUAAUAAAAUACGGGACUUACGAGACGUCUACAGCCCUCUUGGACUGGCUUCUUGUCUUCAUGUUAUUUUCUACACUAAAUCGUAUUCACUUUUAGGCGUAACUUUGAGUUAAUUGUUCACGAACAUACCCUUCAAUUCUGAUCAGUUACAGGUGCGUUCGAACAUUAUGAGAAGGGAUGAACGCGCCACGAAUUAUAAAAACCAAUUCUGUAAGACUUUUUUUUUAUUGAAAAAAAAAAACUUAAACUUCGAAAUAUAAAGCGCUCAGAAAUAUUGACAACACGCAACAAUGCAAAAUUCAUACUUUACUAAAAGCAGGGUGAAGAAUGUUGGUGAAAUAACUGCAAAAUUCAUAUUUGAGCUCCACGCCUAAAUCGUAUAAAUCUUUCCGAGAUUGCUUAUGUGAUCUAAUAUGACAUUCACCUGCUUUGCUUUCUUAUGAAGGCCACCUCGUUCUGGAUAGCUAGCACCCAAGUACACACACGGCACGUAUUGUUUCGCCAGCAGUCCUAAAAUGCUGUCGAUCAACUCUUAAAUAAGUAUUUAACCACAAACCACGAAGCCUCUGUUUUGCAGUGUAAGGUAGUUAUUCCUUGAGGCAGAAGAUCUCUAGGAAAAUUUACAGUACAAAAGAAAACAUUUUACUUUGCAUUGUUACCGUAAGCCAGAUCCGUUCAGGCCUCGCCAUUUAUCAGUUGAUUUCACAGCUCGUUUACACAAUAUAAUUCCCAAGUAUGACAGGAAAUCUUUUCCAUAUUUUAUCCGAAAUCGUUUAGGAUUUGUGUAGCUUGUUGUUACUUAAUAUUCCAUGUCAAAACCAAAGGCCACAGUGGCUAAAAUUUUUGUCCCUUUGAACGAAGUGUUUGUACCAGGAUACCAGGGUAUUCUGUAGUUAAGGCGUUUUGUAUGCCCUUUGAAACUGUCUCUCAUUGUGGGUUUCUCUGCUCUCGUUUUCUUACGCUACCUCUAAAAUAUAGAACAGGAUUCCUCUAAGUAUUCGUUUAUAAUCUAAUGAGAUAAAUUCAACGAGGCAGUUCAUCAACAAUUUUUAGAUAUAUUUUGUUGAUAGAGGGUGACUAUGAUGACACACCAAGUACAAUUUCAAGCUUUAACCAAAAUGAAUUAAGAAACUUACUAAUCAUGAUAUGAUCAAGUAUUAUGUUUGAAAGUUUACACCAGUCUCUAAUUAUAAAUACCUGUGAAGAAUUUUUAUUUGAGUCUGACACACCUCGGUUAGUUUCAUCAUUGCUUUUUUCUGGUCAGCACUUGGUGUAAUAUUAUUUGCAGAAAGAAGUAAAUGUUGUUUUUGUUGUUGCUGUGGUUGUUAGUAUGUUUUUACUAGACUAUUAUGGCACUCUCUUUUCCUGUAGUAUUUUUGAUACAAGUUCAUAAUGAUUUUCGUGAUUUGUACACCUACACUCAUUUUUACAUUAAACCUCCGGUCAGAAAAAAGAUGACCGGAACUGGGCACUCAAAGGCCCAACCUUAAUGAAAUGUGGUCCGAGUACAUAUAUUCCGCGUUCUUAUAACGCCACCGCAAGUGUUCCAGGAUAGCCAGCACUUCAGACAACCGAUCCCAGUCACGCAUAUAUAUUUCUCAUCGCUAGCCAGCUCCUUAGACACCCUCUAUUCUUUCAUAAUAGAUAUUUGAACAUAAACUACGUAGCCACUGUUUUUCAUUGUGAAAAAGAAUUCACUCAUAAAACAAAAUGAUGUUUGAUCGAUUACGCAAAAUAUUUCCCAGGGAAGAAGACUCUGUCAAUAACGCGUAAAAAAAAUUCUAUGUGCAACCAAUUGCGCAUGCUUACGAAAUUAAAUUAGAAAAAUUUUUCAGCCCUAUAAAAAGAUUAGUGGGCUGCCUAGCUGUCGCUUGCAAGUGAUUAUGAUGGGCAAGUGUCAAUCAAAUAUAGUGGCAGCUAAAUAAAGAGUUGCCCUUUUAUUGGUUAGUAUAGACUUAAAAUCGAUAGAUUGACAAUUACUUAAGUGGGGAAGUGGGCGAUAUCCUAUACUCCUCCGUUUAGUAAAACGCGCAUUCAGAGACGCACAUUCUUUAACAUUCAUCGUCCACUUGAGGUGUUCUUUUAGCCAGCAGUGGAAAGUUGUACUACUUCUUAUAACAUGAAGAUCCUGUUCGGUCUUGCCUUUCUUCUUUGCAUUUCAGUCGGUAAGUUAAUUUGUAUGUUUCUUCCUGUUUAGACAAGGAUAAUGUUUCGUGUCAGUGUGCGUUCUUUAUCUUAUUUCUCUGAAUAAAUGGGUGUGGCGCGCCAUCUUGCUCAUAUUUUCCGAACCAAUCGGACAAACAUCAUCAUUAUUCCCUCUGGCCUAAUGAUUUGGUUCGGAACCUAAUGUUAAAUCAUAGUGUAAUAAGCUGGUAUUUUAUUAGUCUUGAAAUAAGUCCGUUAGCCUUCAUUCUUUUGCAUUUAGGGGCAAAAAAUUUAACGGGUGUGUUAGGAAUGAUUUAGCUUGGUAAUAAUGACUCGGAAAUUUGGAAUCCUCGGCAUCCUCUUCGACCUUCUGUUCUUCCUGUUAUUUUCUAUACCAAAAGCUACUCUCUUUUUGCCGUAACUUUGUGUUAAGUGUUCACGAACAUAUCAAAUCGUGGACAGAUGCGUUGCUUUUGAUGAAUAUCACGAGAAUGGGUCAACGAACUGGAAACUCACAUUCUUUUGUCGAUUAAAAGAAACGCAAGGCUUAAAUAAGCUUCCGAAUGUAAGCGCUCAGAAACAGGGCAACAAGCAACUGAUACCACAUUUAGAAGAGGGUUGCAAAAAAUGCUGGUGAAAUUAACGUGAAAUUUCAUAUUUUACUGAACUCCAAGCCUAAAUCGCUCAUCUUUUCGUAGUUUGAAUGAUGCGAACUAAUAGAACAUUUACUAAAUAUUUACUGAUAUAUUAAGGGGUUGGGCGUGACAUCUUGCUUACAUUUUCCGCGCAAAUCAGACAAACUUCAUGGUUAUUUCCCUCCCGCUCCAGGUAUGAUCAGUUGAUGAGGAACUUAACGGUAAAUCAUAGUCUAAUAAGCUAGAAUUCUAUUAGACUGGAAAUAGGUCUAGUUAGCUUUCAGUAUUUGCAUAGUUCUACGUUUGGACAAGGCCUGAGAGCGAUUGCAAAAGGCCUCCAAAAAAUACCAGUGAAAUGCAGAUUUUUAUAUUUAAACUCCACGUCUAUAUAUCCUACGUAUACAAACCUUUUCGUAGUGGGAUACCGUAAACUAAUAUGAUCCCUGGUUUCACUACUAUAUACAUAUUUUCCGCAUUCUUAUUAAGCCGCUAAGUCCUGAAUAGCCAGUAACUAAGACUGACAUCCGUCCCUUAAGUCACGCAUAUACACCUAAUGUUUUUUGGAGCCGGGUAAUUGGCUCUGAUUUUCUAAAAUACCCGUUUUAGUCUUGCUUGGCAAGUACUUAAGAUAAUGCUCUCUUGGUUUACGUAAAAGCGCAUUCAGUUUCGCACUUUCCAAAAUAUUCUGGUCCGUGUUUUAAUAACAACGGUGGAGAAUUGUUUUGUAGCAUAGAAGAUGAAUAUCCUGUUUGGCCUUGCUUUUUUAUUUGCUUUUCAAUCGAGAAGUUAUUUGAGGUCAGUUUUAUCUGUUUAUUUUAUUAUUAUUAUUAUUUUUUUUUUUUUACGUAAAGAUAAUGCUAAAGGAAUAUCGCUCUGUGGUCUAAGUAGUCUUCUGUCUUUGAAUGAAGGAGUAGGGUGCUAGUCUAAUAAUAUAAGGAUAGUAUUGCAUUAGCUCUUGAUCUGAAAUACCCGCUCUAGUCCUGAUUGCCAUGUACUUAAGCUCAGGUAGAGUCGUGAAUAAUGAUCUGUCGAUUUAGGUAAAACGCCCACUCAGAGACCGCACUGUGGAGAAUUGUAUUGUAGCUUAGAAAUUGAAUAUCCUGUUUGGUCUUUAUACGUUUUCCCUUUGCUUUUCAAUGGAGAAGUUAUUUAAAUCUUGUUAUAUCUGUUUCUUUUGAUUAAUUUCCUUCUAUGUAAGAGUAAUCCCAAAGAAAUUUCGCUCUGUUAGCUAGGGUCUUUUUUCUCUGAAUAAAGGAGUGGGGAUCGAGCUCCAUAUUGUUUACGUUUUCUUUCCCACGAAUUAGACUAGCGCUGUCUUAGGUACUUUGCAAUUCUCCAUGAAACAGGUUGAAGCUGUCGGGAGAUAACAGGAAAUAAUCUGUUAUUUAAAAUGUCUUUUUCGGCACUGUAUUGCGCAAAGACGACAGUUGAAAAUUCUUUUUAAAUUUUCCUGUUUAAGGUUUUAGCAACGCCUUCAAGUCUGACCGGGUAUUGACAUCGGGUGACAUCACUUGUAAAAUUAAAGGUCGGAAGCAAAGCUACCACACUUGGGCAUCUGACCCUGGCUAAAUUCUAUUAUUUUUUGUUGCAAACUCCCUUAAACUCUUGGCGUUUCUCUGCGAAACCGUCUCUUUCACCAGUUUUGUCAAACACUCGGCCAACCUAAAAACAGACGGGGACUUACAUUAACUUUUCUUCUCGAAAAUUUAUCCAAAUAGAAAAAAAAACCUGUUGGGACAGAACACUACGCUAUAGAUAUAAGCGGCGAGUUUAGUCCAAGUUUUCGCGAGGUAUAUAGUCUCACAGGUUACCACAAAUCAACUGCUGUGCUUGAUAAGUUCUUUUCAAACCUACUUUAGCAUCUUAAAAAGCUUCCUGCACAAAAUUACAUCGCUUGACCGUCAUAAACAUUUGCAUUGUCACUGAAGUACCAUGCGAUUCCCUUCUUCACACGAUGACAAAAGAAAUACUAAAAUACUUUUUGAUGGAAGAGUUCAGUGUGUCAGCCCUCUUUAGGAACAGGCUCAUAGUAUUUUUCUUUUUUCUUCCAGGUUAUGCCCUGAAAUGCAACGAAUGUUUCUCUCUUAAGAGCUGGGAUGACUGCAAAAACAAGACAAAAGUGGUAACCUGCUUGGACAGUCAGGACCGUUGUGGCAAAGCUGAUAUCAAAGCUGAGAGUUCAGGCGUGACAGGUGAAGUCUUUGUCAAAGGAUGUGCCACUUCAUCUGAAUGCAGCGAGAAGAAUUGCAAAAAGUUCUCCCCCUCAGGGAAAAUCACCAAAUGCGAAGUCGAGUGCUGUAAAGGUGACCUGUGCAAUGGAGCCCAAGUACCAAUGGUCAGCGCUAUCAUGAUGUUGGCAUGCGCUAUCGUAGGUUUUGCUCGUUAA